AUGAGGAGUAAAUAAGUGAAGGCGUAUAAAAAUAUUGACUAGCAGUUGGUUCUAGGAAGAUUAUAGAUUAAAAAUAUUAACAGGCUUUAGGAACACUGAAUAAUGUAAUUUAUUUAUAAAAAUACAUUAUAAUAAGAUUGCUUAUUAUUGUGCAGAAUAGAAAUCAAAAUGUAGCAGAAAAGGUUCAAAAAGCAAAUGCUUUUGUGGUUAUCUAUUUAGUUAAUUUAUUUUAUAAUUUCCAAUUAUUCAUUUAACAUAAUUCACUAUACUAUUUUAAAUAAUAAAUUCUUAAUAUAAUAUCAGAAAUAAUAAUUAAGCAAAAAAUUUAAUUUUGGUUGUGAAAAUUGUGAAUGAUAAAGAUUAGAGUUUGUACUUCAAGACCCAGAAGAAUAUGGAAUGUAUUGGUUACAACUUAGUAAAAUCUUUAAUAUUUUGGCAUGGAGAAUAUUAAUUUAUGCCUUAUAAAUUACAAUAAGGAUUAGUUGGAAAUGAUAAACCCUUUCCAAAAUAAUAAUUAAAAACUAACAAAUAAUAAUAUACUACUGCUUAUACAAGACAAAAUUAAUAAUAACAAAAUGUUUUUUAGUAAUAAUAAUAAUCUAAUAAAAUUGUUUAAAAGAAAAAGUGA